GUCAACAGGUGUCAAUGUGCUGUCAUGUGGAAAUUCCCAUUUUGCCCUCUCUUUGCAAUUUACCACUUUCACUUAACAUUGCAUUUGGUUAAUUAAGUGGAUUAAGCUUGGAUUAGUGCAACCUAUAUAUUCAUAAUCUCUUGCUAAUCAUAACAGAAUUUCAUUUCACCAAAAUUCAGAUCUGAAAACUCUCCAAUUCUCUCACAUUUUCUCAAGAACAUUCAAGAACACAUCACACAAAAACCACAAAAACUCUUCCAAUUCUUGAUGAAAUUCGGAAAUUCUUGUUGAUCCAAUCUUCAUUCCACUUCUUCCUCUACUGUUUUGACAAAGCAACUUCCAAAUCCUCAAGAUUCACAACUGUCCAAAGUAUGCUCAACAAUGGUGAAUUGGAAUUUCUCAUAAUUGGAGCAAAUUCGAGCUAGGCUAACACCUCCAUUCAUCUUCCCUAUCAUCAAGCUUGGACUGUUUUGAAGAAUCACAUCCAAAUUCAUCACGAAUCGCAACUGUCAUCAAACAAAGGUACUUUAGUUGCUCAGUUCCUUGUGAACUAUUGCUUUGCUUUGCUUUGCAUAAGCAAUUUGCAUUGAGGAAUCAUUGCUCGUGCUCGCAGAACUGUACCUUUGCACUCGACCCGUCCUCACAGAUACUUCACCCGGCACAAAUCCAAACUGAUGGAUCCGUCCAACGCUGACAUUCUCGAGCUGAAAGAGAAGAUGGGAGAACUGAUCAGUGUCAUGCAAGAGUUCGCCUUGGGACAGAAAGUAAUUGCCGAAAAGGUGGGGAGGAUUGAAGACUGGCUGAAGAUGGGGAACAUGCAAGGAAACGCUUCGUCAUCUGGACCGAAGAAAUCCUUUGGUAACGACCAGCGCAAGGAUGAGGGUGGAUCGAGUGCUGUAUACGCCCAGAGAGGACACGGUAGGGGUCGUUACUACCAGCACACUGCUGCAGUAACCAUCCCUGCUGAUAAACAGUCAGUCCGGCAGCAACGUCAGCCACCUCAACAGAGAGCCGGGUACCAGAUGAGAGGAAAAGGGGUUGAUCGCCAUUUUGACAAGCCGCCCGUGACAUAUGCUGUUCUGUUCAAAAAGCUGAUGGAUCUUGGGUUGGUUCAGCCAAGGGCGAUGGUUCCGAUGAGAUCAGAUCAGAGGCCUCCUGAUUACGAUGAGAAUGCCAAGUGUGAAUUUCAUUCUGGUACGCAGGGGCAUAACAUUGAGGGCUGUAGAGCAUUCAAGAAUGUCGUCCAGGACCUGGUAGACUCCAAAGCUAUCAAUUUUGCGCCAUCACCGAAUGUUAAUGCUAAUCCCAUGCCGGUACAUGGUCAAGCGACGGUGAGUGCAAUUGCUGAAGAUGCAGAUUACACCUGUGCAGUGGGUGGAGAGACCAACAGUGACUGCGAGCUGGAUGGUUGGGUAAAACCGUGUGCACCAGGGCAGCAAAUCCUGAACUGGAGGGUUUGAAAGAUCUACAUUGUUACUCGUCUGGAAGAGUAUGAUUUCUAGUUUUCAGUUUAUCUGCAUGAAAGCCAUACGUGUUGCCCGACACGUAAUGGUUCAUUGUAAGGGCCACCUCAUGUUUAAAUUUGCAUUUUUCUGCAUCAUUAAUAAA